UUGUAUCUAUACUAUACGAAAAAUAAUAAUGGAUCUGUUUUCAUUUGAAAAUGAGAAACGUAUGUAUUGCGAGAAUCUAAACAAUGAUCAUUUCCAACAAAAUGAUGAUCAAUUAAAUAACUGUUUAUUAGAAUAUAAUGGCAUUAAUGGUAAUAAAUUGAGAAAUUAUUUCCUAAAUCUUCUACAAUUGGCUGGAAAUAUGAAACGAGUGGAAAAUAAUUAUGAAUUGAUAGCAGAAAUCAUGAAUGAAAUAAUUGAUCAGCCAGGAAAUGGUUUAUCAAGCAAUUGUAGAUAUGUUAAUCUAUCGAUUUGUGAACAAAUAUCGAGACCAGGUUUAUGA